AUGGUAAACGAGAGAGCGUAAAGAAAAACCAAACAAAGUCAUGUGAUCACUUGCUGCUGGCGGGGAAGGCAAUCAAGUUCGAAACUCGUGUUGGGAUUUCUUGCAAGAUGAAUUGGAUUGUUCUGAGUUUUCUGCUUAUAUUCUCUACAACAAUUGCCCUUGAAGAUGUAAAAAAUGACAAGGAAGAUUGUGGAUGUAAUGAUUCGAAUCGUGAUAAACGAGGUGUUGAGGAUGCAGAGGUUGCGGAAGAGCCAGAUCUUCCUCUUCAAAAAGUAUCCAGUGAUGUAACCGAGACAAAGAUUGAAAAUAAAUUUAACUUUGAUAAAGAGAUUGACAAUCCAAAUGUUAAAAGGUUCAACCAAAUGAAACUUAUCCCAAAAGGAGAGUUUACCAUGGGAAGCAAUGCUAAAUUAACUAAAGAUGGAGAAGACCCUGAAAGAAGAGUUUUCCUGGAUGACUUUUACAUGGAUGUCCAUGAGACUAGCAACAUUGAAUUUGCACACUUUGUUAAAGCAACAAAUUAUGUGACAGAAGCGGAAAAGUUUAAAAAUUCAUUUGUACUUGAAAUGUUGAUUAGCAAAGAAACAUUGAGUAAAAUAACUCAACAAGUUGCAUCAUCACCAUGGUGGUUGCCAGUGGAUGGGGCAGAUUGGUUGCAUCCUGAAGGCCCAGAUUCAAACAUUAGUAAAAGGUUAAAUCAUCCAGUGAUACAUGUAUCGUGGAAUGAUGCGAAAAGUUAUUGUAAGUGGGCGGGAAAGCGUUUACCAACUGAAGCUGAAUGGGAAAAGGCAGCGAGGGGAGGUCUUGAAAACCGGUUGUUCCCGUGGGGAAACAAACUUAAUCCAAACGGCAAAUAUAUGAUAAAUAUCUGGCAGGGAGAGUUUCCUAAAGGUAACACAGCUGAGGACGGAUAUGCUGCUACAGCUCCAGUUGAUUCUUUUCCACCAAAUAAAUUUGGUUUAUUUAACACUGUUGGAAAUGUGUGGGAAUGGGUGGAAGAUUGGUAUUCAACUUACCAUGAAUUAGAAAGGGCUCAUAACCCAAAAGGACCUAAAUCUGGGAAAGUGAAAGUUAAGAAGGGAGGUUCAUAUAUGUGUCAUAAGGAGUUUUGCUACAGAUAUCGUUGUAGUGCGCGUGGUGAAAACACCCCUGAUAGCUCAUCAUCCAACCUUGGGUUCAGAUGUGCUGCCGAUACCUUGCCGGAUUACCUUGUUAUGAAGAAUCAACAUUCUGAAUUAUGAUAAACACAACAAUCUUUUACAUUGCCCUACUUUAGAUUUAUCAUGAAAAUUUAACAGUGAAAAUAGUUUUAUUCUCAAAAUAAUUUUGUUUUGUUUUUUAAAAAAGAUUUAUAUGUGUGGGAUAGGGAUAGUACAGUUGUAACUUAUGCUAAUUUCAAAUACUUUUGUUUACUGUUUUCUGUUUAACAUAAGUUACUACUUGUUACCAAUAGUACGAUCUAUAUUAUAUAUUUUUGAUUUAAAAUUUAAUUUAAAUGUUUAGUUAAUUUAUUGCCACAAGUGGUAUACUAUGGUCACGACAUAUCAAUAGUUUUUAAACUUGUAUCUGCCAUUGAAAUGUGCAAUUUCUUUCAGAUUAUUGCAGUUGUGUUUUUAUGCACAAUAUGUUCUGAUAAUUACUUGAUUAGAAACUUAAACUUAAAUGCUCUUCAAAAUAUUGUUACAAAUUUAUGAAACAAGCUAUAAUUAUUAAAUAUGUUCCAUGACUUAUUUAGA